AUGCAUCUUAUCCUCACUGGUGCCACAGGCCUGGUUGGCUCCGGCGUCCUUGACGCAAUGGUCAAAAUGAAUGAGAUCACGAAAAUCUCUGUUCUUAGUCGUCGACCAGUGAAAUUUGCCGAAGAUUUAAAAGACCCGCGAAUCAAUGUUGUGAUCAACAAGGAUUUCGAAAACUAUGAUCCUGCGGUGCUUUCUCAGCUCAAAGAUGCGACUGGCUGUGUUUGGGCUCUGGGAAUUAGCCAAACUCAAGUGGACAAAGAGGAGUAUGUCAAAAUCACCAAGACAAUGGCGUUGAAAGCUGCGGAGGCGUUCCAAUCGCUACCCCCCAAGAACGAGCCCUUCAAUUUUGUCUACGUCUCAGGGGCCGGAGCAACGACUACUCCUGGCAGAUUCUCAGCCAUAUUCGCACGUAUCAAGGGUGAGACAGAACUGGCGUUAGCAGAGCAACGCAAGGCGAACCCUGCUUUCCACGCCUCUUCGAUCCGCCCUGCCUUUGUGGAUGCUGCGGCUCACCAAGCCAUCAAGCCUUACUUGCCCGUGCCAGCUCUCAGCAUCAGGGUACUUCAAGGUAGUCUAGGCCCCAUCAUAAGGAACGCGAUGCCAUCUGGAUGGAGCCCGACUGAGCAGCUUGGACGUUUCUUGACAGAGGUCGCCAUGGGUAAGCACAAGAGCGCCCUUGUUGCUGGUCCUGGAGUGCAGAUGGUGGGCCAGUUUCCAAUCGUGGAGAAUUCCGUUUUCAGGAAAAUUGCUGGGCUUUAA